CGCCAUUUUUGAAGCGAACAGGAUCAACAUGAAUAGUUCAUUUGCCCUUGCAGUUUAUUCCUGCAUUUAGCGGAAGAGUGUGAUAAAGAAAAGUUAAUUGUCCUUCCUAGCCACUGCUAGAUGGAAACUGAUCCAAAUUACGAGUUUGAAGCUCCAAAAUGGGUCGACUUUACGGAAGAUUUCGAAGAUGAAUUCAAUGACUCGGGGUACGUUCAGUAUUUUGCGAAAAGUUUAAUUUGAUGUUCUUAAAAAUGGCAUCGACUUAUUGAAUUGGUAACGAUGUUGUUUGUAGGUUUACGAUAUUAAUUUUUUCCUUUGUAUAACUUUUGUGUAAUGCACAGAAAUAAUUUAUAUAAAACAUGAAAUGUUUCGCUUUGCAGUCAGUAAUGUAUCGCCGUACGUUAAUUUAUAUUGAAGCUUAAAUAUUUUGUAACUUUUAACGUCACUUCUUCAUUGAAUUUUUCUCAAUACAGGAAGUUAGUGUAGGAAAACUUAAGCUUAUCAGCUCUUCUUUUUGUUGCAUCAAUCGCGUUUUUGUUCUGAUUUCUCAAUGAAAGUUGAGCAUUGCCAUUAUAAUCACUUUCCUUUAACUCUCAUUGCGGCAAAAUGCAUUAUGUACAGAAAUCUGCAUGAAAGCUAAAUGCCAAAUAUAUGAUGUUUUCAAUUAAAAAAAUGAGAUUUUAAUGUUGUAGUUCCUAGGCUUAAACGCUUUCCAAUGUAAUGCAAACAUUAGCAACAUGUACAUGUGUUUUGAUUGGUCCUUAGUUAUGAUCUACUGGAGGACAGAUGCAUAGAUAACAUCACCAUUAACCCUUUAACUCCCAAGAUCUCAUUAGUAAUUCUCCUUACUGUCUGCCAUAUACUUCUUGUGAUGUUAGUUUGGAGAAUUUGGUAUUGGAUCAACUAAUAAUUCCUUAGUUAAUAUUUUUCUUUAUUCUCAUCACUCGUCUGCUUGAUAUUGUAUUAAUAUUGUAAGGAGAAAUUCUGUCCUGGUCACUCGUGUUGCCAUGUGUCUGUUCAGGUACAGAUAACAGAAGAUGAUGAAAUGUGGUGAGAACAUCAGUGAAACAUUCUGGUGCAGUUUGUAUGCCACUGUUUUCGUUCUUACUACAUUAUGACAUCAUCUCUGAUCCAUUACUGAACAGACACAAGGAAGCAACUUUUGAGUCUAUUUGUGAAGCUGAUUUUGUAACUGAAUUUCUUCACAGUCUGAACAGUUCAUGGUUUGAGAAAGUCCAUCCACUUCAUGAACCAAAGGACCCAUCGCAUCAUGAUGCAACUACCAAGCCACUGCUUGCUGCUGCCCAAGUUGACAAGCCUGCCACAAGCUCAAAACCACAGCCCAAUAAACUGAAGAAAAAUUACAACAGCAAAAAGUCUCUUGGUAUAAAGUCAAUUCGAACACAACGUGGAGAACAUGAGGGCAUGAAUAAUAGAGAGAACAGUGGAAAAGUGCAAAGAGAUGUGAAGUCAUCAACAGCUAAAAAAGACGAAAAGAAGACCACACAAAGAAGUAGUUCUGAGGAGGGGAACUUAACUCCUGAAAGAUUAAGACAUCACAAACAGUGCAGUUUUACACCACCUUGGAUAAACUCCCCUCAUAACAGACCAGGUAAAGAUACCUCUUACUAACUGAGUUCAAGGUCUGUACUGUACACACAAGUUACCGACCAAGUUUUAUCUGUUUGGAUUUUUGGCAUGUGUGAAAAAUGCAAGGGCCAUUAAUCUGAGCAGGAAAAAGCAAGGUUCUGUAACUUACAGUAUGGACUAAGAAAAUGAGUUUAUAUUUGUAAUAUAGUUAUUAUAUUUCCAGGUUCAAAUAGAGGGAAAAGAUUUUAAUUCAAAGAAACUUUUGAAUUGUAUGGAGAACAGUCUGUGGAAUAUGCAUACCAAUGUCAGGAUGGAACUGGUUAAAAUUUCUUUUUUUUACAUUUCAGAAAAUGCAUCACAUGCUAACAAGAAAGAUGAUAGAAGCAGUAGCCUGAACAACAUGGCUGUCUUUUCUCCCCAACGUGUGCUGUCUAAUCAGUCUCCCAUGUCCCCUGCACCAGUGCGAAGUGUUAAACGGUCUUACACAGAAUCUGCUUCUUCACCAAAGACAUCUCUGCUAUCAAAGGCUGUCAGUGGAUAUCAGAAAGGAAAUCAACCUGGAAGGAAAAGAAGACUGUUGCCUGCCAUUCCCAGUAUAAACAAGAAUAGUCCAGGUAGUAUUUGUACAAGUCCUGCAUCACCUACUCAGCUGCGUCAUCAAAUUGAAGUCAAAGAGGGCAAAAUGAAUGAUCAAAUGUUCUCCAGAGAGGCUGCUUGUAGUGUUUCUAACAUGCCUCUUCGAGCAGUAGAUAUGUCACAAGCUGCAAGUCAAGAUCACCCUCUAGGACACCUUCAGAGUAACAACACUAUUGAAAGAGAAUUUCAGGACAAAAAUAUGUUUAGCCAAAGACCUUUAGAAGCAAUACAUGAAAACACUGCAGGCAAAGAGAAACUAAGCCAGCCCCUUGUGCAAACAGAUGGUGAAAAGAAUGCAUCCUCAAAGUGUAAAACAGUAACACAAUCUCAUGAUGCUAGUCUGGAAGCACUGUUAAAACAACACAACAAGAAAAUUGCGGCUGCAAGGAAUAAGUAUGAUGAAAAUGGCCGCAAAAUCAGAACUGCAGAGCCAAACUUUUGUCCUGCACCAGGCCACAAGUCCAUAUCUUCAUCAUCCACAGUAUUGUCACCAUCUGCUGCUUGCAAGAGGCCCACAACAGCUGUGGAACCUGUGGUUGGUGUGAAGCAGAAGCGCCGCUCUUGUGUUGCUGCUGUGAGCAGCACACAAAGUGAAAAAGCUACAUUUAAGACAAACUCAUCAUCAUCAAACACAAAUAGGAAGGGCAAGGAGGAUGUUUGUAAACAAAAAGUAAAGCAGAAACGUCGUUCAUGUGUUGCUACAUUUGGAAAUAGUGGACAUGCAAAGUUAGACAAAGAACUGCGAGAUUUAAUUGCCCAACAUAAUUCAAAAGUUAAGGCUAAGAGGUCUUAGAUUUUUUUGUGUACAGAGUUCAAGUAAUUUAAAUUAAAGUUGUAGGAAUGUGGGAUUGUAAGUGUACAUAUACUUGUCAGUCAAUUAUCAAAUGAUUUAGAUUUGAUACUGGAAUGCAAAUCAGCACAAGACCAUUUUAAACAAAGUGGAAACAGGGUGCAUUACGAUUGGCAAUGUUUGUUACAGGCAUUUAUCCAAUCUGUCUUUCAACAGCAUGAAACUGAAUUAAGAAGCUGUCCUCUAUGUGCUCCUUGUAAAAGUUGGCAAAUUUUUUGUAGGUUUGAGAUUUAAAA